AUGACUUUUUUUCACAAGAACACUGCUUUUAAUAUCUCAGAUCCACUGAUCGAUGAAGAGAAGCAGCAAGUUCUGAACCUAUUCCCCAAAAUAGAUCAUCCAGUUCAAAUCAUGUUUCGAACUGAUGCGAGAAUCUACAAAACUACAAGGAAGCAAUCGAUUGUGGCCAUGUCAUGCCACUUCGUUAAGUGUUUCUCACAAGAUAAAAAGAAAAAACUAACAGAAUACGCAUCGUUUCACAUAAAAGACGUUUUAUUAAUCGCAAAUAAAGGUACAGAAUUCACUGUCGUUCAAACAAAAGAAACCAAUCUUACUAUAACAGCACCUGAGUGUCUUAGAUUCGCUCAAAUACUAUAUAGAAACUUUAUUUUAUCUUAUAAUUCGUUACCUCCUUCAGAUUCUGUAGAAAUGCGUCCAACAUACGAAAAUCAGUUCCCAGUCAUCGAUGUACAGCUUUCUCCAGCACAAAAAUUCCAAUUUACAUAUUUUUCAAAUUGCGCACUUCAAGGAGUGCCUUACAACCACGAAGUCGUUAGAUACUUCCACAACUUGUUCUUAUCUAAGAAUUCUGUCGUUGAUUUAUCACAAUUACCGCUUAAUUUGGCGAGUUCUCCGAAAGAUUUAAUUCCUAUCUUCGAUUCUGUCAAUUUAUUGAAAUUUGUUGGUGGCAUAUGCUGCUACGAUAUGAAUCGUCCAGAAGCUAUUACUACUUUUAGUCCUUUAUUCACAAUGGGAGGAAAUGUUCAUAUUAUUCACUUCGAAAAGUGCGGAAUCAAAUCCGGACUGCAAGGUUUAUUAGAUACCGUUCGAAAGAACCCACAAUUACAAGUCCAAUACUGGGACAUUUCGAAUAAUCAAAUCCAAGACAUGAAUUGUUUCCCAGAAAUACUUUCAUACUCACAAUUACCUGUUUUAUACCUUAAUAUAUCGAACUGCAACGUUCUUUCUCCUGUUUCUCAAAACUUAUUUAAUACAAUGUCAAAUAACAAGAAUUUCCUUGGAAUCAAGUACUUAUUCCUCGGCAAUACACAGAUAUCAACACCAGAUGCAUGCAAAUCCUUCGAUAAUUUCAUAAAAACAAUUUCAGAUUCGAAAGAUACUCUUGCACUCGAAUCUCUUGACAUUAACAACUCUCCAUCAGUCGAGUUCAUCAUAGACACCAUCAUUAAGUACAACAUUUCACUCAAAUCCCUCAAAGUCAACGGAUGCAAAUUUAAUCAACAUUGCAUCGACCAAAUCUUAACAUUAAUACAUGGAUCAACAUCAUUAGAAGUCUUAGAUAUCAGUGGCACCAAUCUCCAACCAGAAUACGUUGCUUCUGUCAUUUCAACGAUAUCCAACAACAAAAACCUCAAAAACUUCUCAUUGUACAUGAACAAUCUCAAGCUAACGAGUGCAAGUAUCCUUCCUCUCUACAGAGAAUUCCUCAGAAGUGACCUUUCCCGAUGGAAAUCUCUCUCAUUUUCACAAAACUCGAUGACAGUUGAUGAUUUGACCGACAUAUGUCCAUUAUUCAUCAGAAUGACCAAUUUGGAAGAGCUCUCCAUCGCUUCCAACUUCCAAAACGCUCUGACAAUCGACCAAAUCCUUGUGAAACUCCUCAGAAUUCCUAACCUCAAAAAACUUGACAUUUCCAACUCAAAUCUCGGCCAGCAUCUUUCCCCGAUGCUUGAGAGAGUUCCAGCGAAACAGACACUCGAAUCCCUCGACAUUUCCGGCAACAACAUCGGAGACAACGGCAGCUCAUCGAUCUCAAACGUUCUCCACUCAUCAGAGUCGAUAAAAGAGCUGAAAAUCGACAACAACAAUUUCACUUCCAUUGAAUCGAUCAACUCCAUUGUUCUUGCAGCUGAAACAAACCAACACAUCACCAGUUUGAACUUCCCUGUCAACGACGCGAAGAAAAUUGUUGACAAAUCAACAGAAGUCGACAGAUCGAUAUCAAUUAAACGAUUGGGAGACAUCCAGCUGAGUUUGGUCCAGAGAAUCAUGAGCAACAGAGCGAGACUUCACAUGCCGAACGACCUUCCUUUCCCUGCGACAGAGGAAAUAAGAAGAUUAAUCAAGGAAAUAUCGAGAGAAGCGCACACGACGUACAAAGGACAGAACUUGAAGCGCCACUCAUUCACAACUGAUGUUUUCAACCUGCCAAUGCCGUUCCAGAACGUCAACGAUUUGUUGCCGGAUGACGAUGGAGUGGAGGAAGUUCCCCUGUCAGAUUUGACUGAAUACCAGACUCCUUCGAUGUUUAAGUACUACAACGAGACGAAUGACGAUUUCAAGACAAUGUUCACAACAAUGAAUCCGGAUAUAACAGCAAUGUUCAAGAUAGAAGAGGAAAUCGCUAAAAAUGACCAGAAACAAGAAGAAAAAAUUGAACCAGUAAAAAGUGAAGUGACCAAAGAAAGAGAAAUUAUUCAGAUUGAAGAAGAAGAGGAGAGUUCAGAAGAUUCUGUUGAUUAUGCACUUAAAACAGGCUUUGUUAAAUUCUCUGUCCGUGAUGACAGCGAUGAUUACGAGACACAAAAGACUGUUGAGAUGAAAAACAGAAAAACUAAGGCACCAAGACUCAUAAGAAAACAGUUGGAAGAUGAUAGCGAUGACAGUGAUUUCUAUCAACAACAAAACGUACAAAAAAUGCCACCUCCUGUAUUGAAAUACAAAUCGAAAUUGUUAUCUGUUGAUUCGAAUUUCUCUUCAUCAAAUUAUCAGCAGAAAGAAGAAAGUGAAGAGCCGAAGAAGCCGAAAUUGAUGAUGGCGAAUGAACCAGAAUUGUUAUUAGAUAUUCCUGACGAAAAAAUCUCUUCUUCUCUAAAACGAAAGAAAUCUUCUGCAGCAAAGAAAAUGCCGUCUGAUUCUCCUCCACCUCUUCCUCCUCCUCAGCCACAGAAGAGACAGAUCCCUCCUCCUUCUUCCAGUUCUUCAUCUGAGGAAGAAGAAGAAGAAGUCAAGGAAAAGAAACAAAUUCCUCCUCCUUUAUCAAGUUCAUCAUCUGAAGAAGAGGAACAAGUCAAACAAAUUAACCAGGAAUCAUCAUCAACAAUGAGUGACUCUGAGAAACAGAUCAAACAGUUCAAUCCUCCUCCGCCAGAACCUCUUCCGCCACAAAGAAACCACGUAACUCCUGAGAUGCCUGAGGACGAUGAAAGCGAAAGAGACUGGGAAAGAGAGGCAAGAAGAAAGCUUUAUCCUGUGGAUGAGUUGAUGCAGUUCGCAAACCAAGUAAUUCAAGAUGGAGAAAAUAAAAAAGGCGGAAAAAGAAAUGGAACAAAAAUUCCUAGAAGAAAAUAA